GGCAGAAGAAAAGAUCAGUCUGCUUAUUCAGAGGUGAAACAGGCAAUGGAUCCCAAAGGCCAGAGAGUGAAGCUUAAUGACGGCCACUUCAUUCCUGUCCUGGGAUUUGGCACCGCUGAAAGUAAAGAGUUUCUUAAGAGUGAAGCUCUGGAAGUCACCAAAUUCGCUAUAGAGGUUGGGUUCCGCCAUGUUGACAGUGCUCAUUUGUAUCAAAAUGAGGAGCAGGUUGGCCAGGCCAUUCGAAGCAAGAUUGCAGAUGGCACUGUGAAGAGAGAAGACAUAUUCUACACUUCAAAGCUUUGGUGCACCUUUCUUCGGCCAGAGCUGGUCAGACCAGCCUUGGAAAAGUCACUGAAAAAUCUUCAACUGGACUAUGUCGAUCUCUAUAUUAUUCAUUUUCCACUGGCUAUGAAGCCAGGGGAGGAAUUUUUUCCAAAAGAUGAAAAUGGAAAACUGAUAGUUGACUCGGUGGAUCUCUGUCACACAUGGGAGGCCCUGGAGAAGUGUAAGGACGCAGGGUUGACCAAGUCUAUCGGGGUGUCCAACUUCAACCACAAGCAGCUGGAGAAGAUCCUGAACAAGCCAGGGCUCAAGUACAAGCCCGUCUGCAACCAGGUGGAAUGUCACCCUUAUCUCAAUCAGAGCAAACUGUUGGAUUUCUGCAAGUCACAUGAUAUUGUUCUUGUUGCCUACGGUGCUCUGGGAUCCCAACGAAUAAAAGGAUGGGUGAAUCUGAACCACCCCGUUCUCUUGGAGGACCCAGUUCUCUGUGCCAUUGCCAAAAAGCACAAGCAAACUCCUGCGCUGGUUGUCCUUCGCUACCAGAUACAACGUGGGGUUGUGGUUCUGGCCAAGAGUUACAACAAGAAGCGGAUCAAAGAAAACAUAAAGGUGUUUGACUUUGAAUUGAGUCUGGAUGACAUGAAAGCAAUUGAUGGCCUCAACAGAAAUAUAAGAUACUAUGAAUUUCUAAUUGGUGUCAGUCACCCUGAGUAUCCAUUCUCUGAAGAAUAUUGACUCUCAGCUCUCACUGUGGUUCUUCCAUAACUUGUUACUUCUAGAGUGGUGAAGAAAAUUUUUGUGCCUGAAGGAGAAGUUUAAAUCAAGUGUCUGAACUUCUGAAACCAUGCCUUUCCUUUUAAAAAUAAACAGUUUAUGAAACAGCAUAGACUUCAAAGUAAGAAUACUCUUUCUUCCUGAUGAUUGAAAUAAUACAUAUGUAUGACAGAAUAUUUAGAUAGAGAAGGGACAGGAUGGGCAAUGAUGAUCAGCUGUGUUUACCCAUUGGAUAACAGUUACCUUUGAUGCGUUUACCUUGUGAUUUUCUUAGACAAAUGUGUGCGUUUGUUUACUUACAAAGAUAAACAAACUUCAAUCUACAGGUUGUAUACUUCUCUUGAAACAUAGCCUAAGUAUCUUGGUGAGCUAAAAAUAUGAGUUAAAAAAUCCAGUAUUAUAUUUCUCUUCCUGUAUAGUAAGCAGCACAUCUUACCCAUUUAUGUAAUUUCUUGUUUGUCUGCCCAUGCUCAGCAUAUUGAUGAAUCCUUACAUAUUUUGAGUUUAUUCAUUGGUCAUUCAGGAAAACUUUAUUGACCAUUCUUUAGUAAGAAAUUGUUAUAUCAAUAAAUGUCAAUAAGUGAAAU